AUGUCGCUGUCAACCACCACCGAAAUUAGCGCCUCGCUUCCCCCGGAAUACACGGAAGACGCAUCCGACGUCCAGGAAACGCUGCAGCCCGACACCUUACGUCAAGCAGACCGCUUCAUUCACUCAGCCAACUCUGCCGAGGCAGACUCCGGUGUCUAUGAAACCAAUCGCGAGAUCGACUCGCUCCGCGAAAACGACCGUAAAAUCGAGUUCAGCCGCAUCGACUACUCCCUGAAGCGGAGGGGCGGAUACGUCGGCCGCGACUCCACCGCGGCCCCUGAGAUCGUCGCGCACCCCAAACGCGUCUUCAACAUUGAGCGUCCACCUCUGGUCAUCCAGGAGCCCUUCGCGUAUUAUAUUCGAUCCGUGUCCCGCAGCGGGAUAGGUGCCAUCGGGGUCAGAUUCUCCAAGAUUGGGAAGGGCAGCAUCUGCAAGGCAUGGCUCGUGAAGAGGAAGCUGAAUGCAACGAGCGACUGGGAGGCAAAGGAGCUGCUUUUCGAUGUCAGGAUUAACAACGAUGUGUGCGACUGGAUGGACGAUAGCGGAUCACCGCUGCGCUGCAACUCGACCCGCUCGGCGUCGACUCACCUCACCUCACCUCAUCUCACCCCUAAGCUCCCAUCACCAACGCGCAAACCCAUCAUGGACGGACCAUACGCUCACGAACUGACGGUUGCCAUCGCGGCCAUCCAGCAUGCCGCGAGACUCAGCCGACGCGUCCUGGUCGCCUCCGACAAGGGCGUCGUGACGAAAGAAGACCUCAGCCCCGUCACCGUCGCCGACUUCGCCAUCCAGGCCCUCCUCACAUCAACCCUGCACGCCGCAUUCCCCGGCGACAAGUUCGUCGGCGAAGAGUCCGCCGCCGACCUCCGCGAGAACCCGGAUCUCCUCAAGUCGGUGUGGGCGCUCCUGCAGCAGGUCGCGAGCGAGAAGGAGCCGGACUCUCUGUGCAAACUGCCCGAGUCGCCUGAGCAGAUGUGCGAGAUGAUUGACUGGUGCGGCCUGGGAGACCCGUCGCCGACGGGGAGGUUCUGGGUGUUUGACCCCAUCGAUGGCACCAAGACCUUCGUCAGAGGCGAGCUCUACGCCAUCAACGUGUGUCUUAUGGAGGAUGGCAAGCAGAGCGUCGGCAUCGUCGGCCUCCCGAUGCUGGCGGCGGACGCGAAAGCACCCAUCAACAACGACAGCAUCGACCCCACCAGCACAGGCAGCAUCAUGUUCGCUAUCAAGGGCCACGGCACCUACAUACGCGCGUUGCCCGGGCCGUUGGACCUCCAACCGACGAAGAUCCCCCGCCACGCGGACGGCGACAACCACCCCCUGGUCUCGGUCACCUGCAUCGACGGCUCCGACUCGGCGGUACCGGGGAUCCACAAAAAGGUCGCCGAGCGCCUCGGUGUAUCGUACCCCGGCAACGACUUGCUUGGCUGGGUGUUGCGGUGGGCGGUGCUGGGCUUGGGACAGGCGAACUGCACGUUCUGGGCGUAUAGGAGGCGCGACCGUCUGGCGAAGAUUUGGGAUCACGCCGGUGCCAUGUUGCUGUUCGAGGAGGUCGGUGGAAAGGUCACGGAUGUCGACGGAAACCCGGUGAACUUGGUUGCUGGCCGUAAGAUGGUGGCCAACUAUGGCUUCAUCGCGGCGCCACCGGCGGUUCAUGAGAAGGUGAGGACCGCCGUGAGGGAAACUCUAGAAGCUGAGGGCCAUGCCCACCUUCUGGGUUAG